AUGAAUAUGCUGAGUGAGUGCCAUUCCCCGCCCAUCUCUGCCACCUCCGAUCAUCUGAUGCUGCAGACGACGCAUCGUCCUCCACAGCAUGCAAUGAACAAUUCUCCCUGGAGAAUCCCUAUGUUUGCUGCACAACCCACCCGUAUCCUCCAAACGUUAGAAGAACGAACAGCUGCUCCGGAAAACCGAUGCAAUUGUGAAAUAUAUUUGGUGUCUUAA